GGAAAAUCGUCCCCCGGCUUCUAGAUGGAGGGAUAGCGGAAAUGCCCGCGCAGUCCUUCAUCGGAAGUACCCCUUCUUUGUGCGCAUUGGAAUGCCAGAUGAGACCAUCAUGUCAACUUUUCCGUUAUAACUCGAACACAUCAGACUGCGACUUGUAUGACGGAAGAAGAUUUAAAAGAACCUCCUACGUUCACCGAAACCAGUUUUAUCAGAAGAUGCCAGAUCAUUGUGUGACAGGGCGCGACGAAUGGUUCCCCGAGUAUCAGACUUGCAUUUGGAUUCCGACCCACGGGUCUCUAUACGAAGAGGCAAAACGUCUAUGCGAAUCAGCAGGGAAAAUCAUGUUAGGUCUCAACAACUUUUCACAAGUCUUGGACCUGAUGGAUCUUUUGAAUACUAAAUACAUUCAAGUAUACUCUCAACACGUUGGAUUCAAAAGUUAUGCUUUGGAUGACGGGACUCCGAUUACAUCCACACGUCCGCCGUGGUGUCCGUGGCAGCCAGUGGAAGACUGGGACUGUUUAGGGGUUCAAAACGAACCAGGAAGCUGGUGUCCCUACGCCGGACUUGAUGAUUUCCCAUGUUCUAAAUCUAGACCGUUCUUCUGUGUGUAGACAAAACAAAUUCGCGUCAUGGAUGUACUAACACAAACUUCAGAGAAUUCAGAGGGCUAGGCGUUUGUGGCAAUUUUCGGACGAUAAUAAUCCCCUUGAGAUUAAGAGCUAUGUUUAAGGAUGUAGGAAAAUGUUCGGAUAUUAAAGUUGAAAUAUUUUGGGUUUUUUCACUAAUUGAUAGGUUAUCCUAGCAGCUAUAAACGUAAUAUUUCAAAUUUUAUACAAUGAACUAUUGCCAAACAGUCUCAAAAGUUCAAAGAUCAUGCUGUUUAUCUAUAGGUUUGACCGUUUUUAAGUUAAUAAAACCCCAUUAAUAUUUUCUCUACACACACGCCGUGGAAGUAGGCAUGAAUUGUUUAGAAAGGACUAUAUUUACCCAUGAUUUGAAUACCCAUGUACAUUUGACCAACACAUCAUCAAGCAUUUAAUACAUAUUUUAAAAGAAUGACAAGAAUAAUUCAAAAGUUGUACAAAAUCAUAGAAAAUUAGCUUUCUUGGGCUGAACAAUUGAAUAUCAGAGGUACAACCAUAUCUUGUCAUAAAGAGUCUUGCACGGAACAAGAUUGUUUUCUUAAGGGUUCAAGAAAUAGGUUGAUUACCAGAGGCGAGGCUAAAACUUAUUUUCGGUUACUUUAUAUGAAUUAAAUACAAAAUCAACUUUUAAAUAGGCAAUCAUCAACUUUACUAUGUGAAUUAAAGGAUUAACCUUGAUUUUUAAAGGGGAUGUUCCGGACAUCUAAUACCCUUUGUAGAUCAUGACAGCUGUUGUAUAUGUAUGUUAGAGCUUUAAGACUUGUUCGAU